AAAGUACAAAGAAAGAUGAUGAUGAUGACCAACAAGAUGACAUAUACAUCCAUUGCUGUUGGUAUUAUAGCUGAUGCUGGUGUUACAGUCGCUGAUGCUGAAGUGCAAGAAACUGGUGAGGAAUCUAUACUUCUUAAAGCUGAUGGCGAUUCAAAGCUAUUAACAACCAUAGAAGAGAGUGAUGAUGCAGUGGCUGAUUUAGCUGACUCACAAGAUGGCUUGAGCGCUACUGAUAUCCCAUUUGAUGACCUUGAUAAUAAGAUAACAAAAGAGCUAGCUGACGAUCAUGGUGGGGUUUCAGAAGACAGUCUUAAAGAUGAGACUGGUGCUGGAAUGAUAGAAGCUGACUCUGAGAAAGAUAUAACAAGUGAAGGUGAGGGUGUUAUUGAGGAGCCUGAGCUAGCUGAUGAUGUUGCAGAUAAGGAGGAGCAGGAGGAAGAGGGAAAAGAGGAGGGAGAGGAACAAAUAAGGGGUGAGGAUGAUGAUGGUGCUGCUGCUGAUGAUGAUAUUAUAGUAACAGCACCUGUAGUUAGUUCCGAACCAGGUGGAGAUGAGACAACAGUGGUGGCUGAUGAAGAUGAUGGCUCUUCACCUGAGACAGACAUAACAACCCUGAAAGAAGAGGAGAAAGAUGAAAAGGAUGAAAGCGCAGAGGAGGUGGAAAUUGCUGAAAAAGCACCAGAACCAGAACCGGUCCCUAAAGUGGCAGCCGAGGAAGUGAAAGAAAAAGAAGCAGAGGAGCCUGUGGCAGAGGCUGAAAAAGAAGACAAACAAAAAAAGGCCUCUACCUGUCCUUGUAUGCAUUCAGUAAUACAUAAAGAGCCUCAAAAAGCCCAAGACACUAAACCAAAGGAAGAAAAAGCUGAACCUGAUGAAGUAAAGAAAAGAGAAGCUGAGACUAAGAGAAAGGAACCCCUGCUUAAACAGAGAAAAGAAAAAGAGUCUCCAGUAAGAACAAGACUAGAGAAAGCAAAGAAAGCUCCAAAAGCAAAGACAGCAGCUGUCAACAUACCCAAAAAGAAAAUAUCUCAAGCAUCAGAGGAUGUAGAAUUGUCAGCUGCUCCAGCUCCGGUUCAGGAUCUUCCUAUAUGCCGACCAACACCUGUGUACUGCCCAACGCCCCCUGGCUGGUAUGUGCAUCAUAUAGUUACAAGUAGCCCAUUACCACCAUCCGCUAUUCCAGAAUCAGAAGUUCCAAUUUUAACAACUCAACAAGCUCCUACUGUACUGAAAGAACCAGAAGCUGCUAUGGCAAAACCUAAACAAGCCCAUAAAAAGAAAGAACCAAAAGAAAAAGCCAAAGUAGCUCCUACAAAGAAGGAGCCCACAGUUACUAAAGCCAAAGUAAAACUUUCAGUGGCAAAGAAAGAGCCAACAGCUGUGAAAGAGAAGUCUAAAAGGACAGAGCGAAUGAUCACUAAAGAGAAGGCUAAACCUACCUCUAAUAAGAAAGAAGAGAAAGCUGUAAAAGAAGUGAAGCCCAGAGCAGAGGUCAAAAAGAAGGCUGCACCAACAUUGAAAGCCAAUCAAGCCAUUAAAGAAGUUGUGGCUGAAGCACCAGCACCAGCACCAACAAAAGAUCUGAAAGCGGAGGAAAAUGUCACAGAGGGGAAAAGGCCAGGCAAGAUACCAUACUUCCAGUGUGUUUUAAUGAGUUCUAAAUCCAGUCAAUAUCCACUGCGCCCAAUGUCCCCGGCUAUGAGUCCAGCUGUUAACCCCACCAUGAUGAGAGCCAUGAUGGAGCAGAGGGCUGCUUUACUGCAGCAGAAAGCCCAUGCAGCUGGCCAGUAACUGGGCAACAAACCCCGUCCGGCCCUGGCAGGUGAAAACUGCUUAUGAAAUUCUGUAAAAACACAGUGCUGCUAGGCUCUCAAGAGCUGUCCACCUAAACCAUCAGAGACUUUAACAAAUAAUGAGUGGAGGUCCCUGGUUUUUCAGUGGACACUCUCCAUUCUUUCAUAAGUGUUUUUUUUUUAAUUAUUAUUAUUGUUAUUAUUAUUAUUUUAAAUCUGAUCAGUUUCACAGUUUUGACAAAAAAAAGAAUAUGCAAUUACAUCAAAGAAAUCUAAAUUAAUUAUAAUGUACAUUUUGGAAUAUAUUUAAUGCGUAAACACUUGUCAAAGAAAUGUUGUGUUACUGGGUAGAUUUACUUUUUUAUUUAUUUGAUAUCUUAAAUCGUCUGUUUACAUUUUUUAUUUUUUUAUUUUUUUGCAGGGAAGAUUCUGCUGUUUUUUUCUUAUUGUACAUGAGACUAGCAGUGCAGCAAAUUUAGAACUCGUUAAAUAAUUUAAAUGUUGCUCUAAAUAUUCAUUUAUUUAUUUUCUAUAUCAGACUAUAUGAUCCCAUUACGGAAAGAAGUCUAACAGCACACAUUCACUAAAGGCCUUAUCUUUUAGCCCAGGCCAUUUCCUUUGACUCACUGGUAAUGAGAUAAUGUGUAGAGCAUCUGGGUUCUACCAGGGUCUGCGAUCUCUCUGCAUUUGUAUGCAUGGCCAUUAGAAAACAGGAGGAUGGAAUCCGAUUUCUAUCUUAACCAAUGAAAAGAGCUUGCAUGCUUACAGAAUUGAAAGAGACGUUAAGAAAUGAAGGCACACAAAAGUCUACAGCCUUUAAAUAAUGAAAGGCUUGUAUUUUACUUGACUGAGACUUUUCUAGUUUCUAUUUAGUUAAUGGAAACUCUUAUUGGAGAUUAUUAGAUUUAUGGUAACGAAUUGAAUAGUGUAUCACUAUGUAAAGACUUCAGACUUUUCAUGUACAGGUAAAACCUGUACUAAAUCAUUGUUGAUUUCUCUGUCAUAUCUUGCUGGAUUUUAUCUUGGAGUGGGCAAAAGUCAGAUAAUAAAGUAAUCACUUUGUGCAAA